GGGAGGGGGGGCACGUGACGCACCACGAGCCAAUCGGCGCACGCCUAUGGUGGCCGUUAGACGCCGCGAGGCAGCAUCAAGCCCGGCUGACCGGUGCGACCCACAGCCUCGUCGCUCUCUGCCGGCUCGCGAGCCCGCCAAACUGCUAGCCCGAGCGGUGAGUGCGACGUCCCUCGGGCUGCUGCCGCCGCUGCCACUCCCAUGGACUUCCCAGAGAGCCCCCCCAUGGCGGACACGCUCCACUCAGGCUCCCCCAGCUCGAACGGUGACACGGACCCCACGGAGCCGGCCGAUUCUUCGGAAGGAGAAGACAAUGGGAGCGAUGCAGGGCACAGCGAGGAGGGGUCCCGUCUGUCGGAGGAGAGGGACGAGGAGGAGGAUGAUGACGAAGCAAUGACGGCACAUCACACGGAUUCGUCUGAAGUGGCUGACGACAAUGACAACACUCAGAGCGACGGCCAGGUGCGUGCAGCCACUCCCACCGACGAGGAGGCAGCUCCGGCUGAUGAGGAGGAGGAAGAAGAAGAAGAAGGGGAAGAAGAAACUCCGGCAGCGGUGGCAGCGUCAUCCGACGAGCCCAGUGGAGUCGCCGGCGGCGGCGACUCAGCCGCAGCCAGCGCCACGAGCCGAGCAAGCCCCCAGGACGCCAGCGCCGGCAGCGAUGGAGCCGACAAACCGGAAGACGGUGCGUCGAGGGAGCUCGACGACCAUGAGCUGGACUACGAUGAGGAGGAGGUGCCCGAGCCGGAGGAACAGAAGAGCGCAGUUGCCAAGGAAGUGGUUGCUGUGGCACCAGGGGACGUGGCUGGUACCGCAGAGCGUCCCCCGGACGAGGGCGAGAAGAAGAGGCUCGGGGUGAAGGAGCGGCUCGGGGAGAGGGUGGCCUCGGUGGGAGAGAGGGACCGGAGGCUCGAGGGAAAGUCGGGUGACGAUGGGGAGGUGGACGAUGAUGGAGAAAUUGAGGAUGAUGACCUGGAAGAGGGAGAGGUGAAGGAGUCGGUGGAUAGGAGACCACGGCCAAAGGCUCUGUGCAGGUUUUUCAUCAAAGGUAACUGCACGUGGGGUUUCACCUGCCGCUUCAUCCACCCCGGGGUCAACGACAAGGGCAACUACUCCCUCAUCCAGCCCAAGAUUGACCCCUUCUCCCCCAACGGGGCUCCCCCUCACCUGCCGCCCCCACACCCUGCCGUGCCCCCUAACCCGUGGGCGAUGAUGGAGGAGUUGCUGCCGCCACCACCCGUGGAGCCUCCAGUGGAGAGCGCCUGGGAGCGCGGGCUACGGCACGCCAAGGAGCUGAUGAAGAAGGCGAGCCUGCGCAAAGAGCAGGAGCCCGACUUUGAGGAGAAGCGCUUCACGGUGACUGUGGGCGGCGGCGCCGACGAGGAGCGGGACUUCGACAAGGAGAACGAGUACUACCGCGAGCGCAUGUUCCGCAUGGGCGGUCCCCUUCCUCCACCGCCACCGCCGCCGUCGCGUGACCCACGCGACAUGGGGGAAGUGAUGGCCUAUCAGGAGGCUCCAGACUACGGGUACGACCCCUACUGCGACCCCUACUAUGACCCGGAAGCGGACCCCUACUGGCGCGGCGGUCACUUUGAGAACUUCCGCGUGCAGUGGACGGACCCAGAACACUACCGCUACCGGGUCGGACCCACAGCAGGCCGACCACCGAGCCCGGACCGAUCGCGGGAUCGAUUCCGGGACCGCGAGCGGGACCGCGUGCGCGACCGCGACAGGGAGAGGGAGCGAGAGCGCGAACGGGAACGGGAGAGGGAACGAGAGCGGGAGCGCGAGAGGGAACGUGCCCGAGACCGCGAGCGACGCAAGGAGCCGGAGACGCGGGAGCGGGAUGCCGACAAAGUCAAGGCGCGACGCGACGACAAGGACAAGCUGCUGCGUGAGAAGGAGCGCGAAAAGGAGAAGAAGCGGCCCAAGACUCCACCGCUGCCCAGCAGGCCGAUGGAGGUGGAGCUACCUCCGAAGAAGAAGGAGAUGCCGGUGGUGGUAGGGGGGCCGGGGGCGGGGCCUGGGCCGGGGCCAGGGGCAGGGCCGCCUCCCCCAGUGGGGCCCAGCCUGCCCCCGCGGCCCGACGACUGGAAGGACCCGUGGCAGCGCUCCAAGUCGCCCAAGAAGAAGCCGGGAGGGAGCGAGUCGCCUACUCACCCUCGGCGCGGGCGGCGGCACCACCGCGGCCCCGGUUCCUCCGCCUCCAUGUCAUCACGGUCUUCAAGGUCGAGCUCGUUCUCGGGCUCCGGUUCGUCACGCUCGCGCUCACGCUCUGCCUCGCGCUCCCUCUCCCGCUCCUCCUUCUCGUCGCACUCAAGCCACACAUCAGCCUCGCUGUCUCCCAGCCGCUCCAGGACCCACUCGUUCUCUCACUCCCCAUCCGGUUCCGCGUCCCCCCCUCGAGUCCGCCCUCAGCACAAGGGCAAAGCUGCACAGAUGCUGCCAGCGGCUGGGGACAGAGCGGGCAAGCGCACGUCCCCCCUAUCUGCCAAGCGCGCGUCCCCGCCCGGCAAGCGGUUACAACCGGGGGGGACAACGGGUGCACCACCUCCCGGCGGCCGCGGGCAGAGGCCGGGGCGAGCGGGCGGCGUGGAUUCCCGGCAAGGGGCCGGUGGGCCAGUGGGACCUGGUGGGGCGGACGGCAGAGCGGCCCAGGACUCUGAGGGGAGGCCGUCGGCGGGCUCCACCGCGGAGACGCGCGUGGGCCGCAGGAAGGAGCGGCAGCCGCCCGUGGGGGCCGGGGCAGCCAAUGCCCGGCCGCCGCCAAAACGUUACGGCGAUGCCGAGUGGAUCAACUCGACGCAACCGCAGAGGGAGGGCCGAGGCUCCGUGAGUCUGUCGAGCUCGCGAUCACGGUCGCGCUCCAUUCCGCACUCCCCAUCCUCGUCCACUUCCAAACACUCGAGGUCCCUGAGCAUGAGCAGCGUGUCAUCGGCCUCCAGCGCCGCUUCGAGCCAGUCGGUGCACAGUGCCGACUCGGAGAACAUGUACGCCGACCUGGCGAGCCCCGUGUCCUCCGCCAGCUCGCGCUCACCGUCCGCGUCGCCCAAACCGCGGCAGAGAGCCCCUGCGACCAAACCGAAGCGCGAGGAGCCGAGCGUCGUCGUCGUCAAAGAGCGCGAGCGGCCGCGGGAGCGCAAGCGGGCGACGCCGCCGCCACUGCCGCCGCUGUCCACGGGCCGCGCCCCUCCACCCUCCAAGCCCCCCACGGGCGGCGGCGGGGGAGGCGGGGGGGGUUCGUCGGCCCUGCAGCCUCCCACCACCGCCCAGCCCUCCGGCACGGGGAGGGGGGCCGCCCCGGCCAUGUCCGCCAAGGCGGCGCACGCCGGCGCCCCUCUGCCGCAGUCGAGCCACAAGGACAUCAAGAUCACGCUCGUCAGCAAGGGCGGAGCGACGGACAGGGACGGGCGGAAGCGCUACGAGCCGGUCGACAAGGAUCGGCCUCGCUCACCGCCAGCUAAACGGGUCCCUAUAUCACCGGACCGGGCGGCGCACCGGGAGCGCCGGUUCCCCGUCGGUCGCCCUCCGUCGCCUCGAGGUGAUCGCCAUGCCAACCGGCCGCCCUCCCCCCUCAAAGGACCCGCACCAUCCGACAGGAAGCGCCCCCCGUCGCCCCCUCAUCUUCCGAAGUCUUCGUCAUCGGCGGUCGCGCCGGCAUCUGGCGGCGGCGGCGGCGGAAAGUUGCAGGGCCCGCCCGCGACCGGCUCUGGCGGGGGCAGCGGCACUGCCAAGUCGGCGCCGGGCUCCGCCUCGUCAGCGCCGGGCUCCGCCUCAUCCGCCUCGUCUGCCUCGUCCGCCGUCGGCACCGCCGGCGCCGCGGCCGCGGCCGCCGCCGCCAAAGGCGCCGCCUCCAAGAGCAGCACGUCCACGCGGCGGGAGGAGCUGCUCAAGCAGCUCAAGGCCGUGGAGGACGCCAUCGCCCGCAAGCGCGCCAAGAUGCCCGGCAAAGCGCAGUAACGACGGCGGCCGCCCUCUCGCGCCGACGGUUUCCGACCCACCGCGGCGGUGGUGGCGGUUGCGGCGGCGCGAUGGGCGCUGCGCGUGGUCGGUCGGUCGGUCGUCAGGUUGCCCUGUCGUGAGCCUUGAGGCUGCCCGCUCACGCUGUGCGGUGGGGGAGGUCACGGUGCUUUGGGGGAUGGGAGGUGGGGGGGGGGGCAGAAGCUGCGUUUGGUGUAUGGGCGCCACCCUCCCUACCCCCCAGUCCCUCUUUCGUCGGUGACGGUGGGCUGCACCGCGUUGGUGUGUCGUGACGCGUUACCAUGCGACACGUAGAGCUAUUUUCUCGUGUUGGUUUUUUUGGUAUUGCUGUUAUUACUUUUUUUUCACACACAGAUGGUUACAGCGUAAUUUUGCUUUAUUUUUUGUACGUAAGGCCCAGUGGCGGAAAGGUGGCGGUGGCGGCUCGCCCUGUUUGUCCUGCGUCUCCUGGCCCGGUUCCAUCGCCCGGGCACACGCCAGGGCUCCGCUAGCAGAUGCUCUCGCCAGUGCCGACUCUCCUGCGACGAGGCAGUUUUUAGUCGUCCGUGCUGUUUACGUAAAACCAGUCUGCCAUGGUACUACGUGCCGUAGCUGCCGAUUGUCAAGAUGAGAAACCCAUUUUCCGCAGGGCGACUCGCAGCCCAGGGAAAGACGGAUAUCGCUCUUUCAGGAUUCAUUGGCUUGGAACUCGACUCUGGGAGGCCGAGUUGCAGGCAGCGUCCACAGGUUAAAACAAUGUAAUUAUUCCUCUGUGUCUGUGAGAUGUCAACAGAAGACUUGUCGUCUAACCAGUGAUGAUGAUGAUGACGAUCCAGGGUUAAAUCAUGCGCCUGAAAAACGGAAGUGGCAUCUGUAGCACGAUGUGAAUAUUUGUGCUAUUACCCUGAAAAAUCAUUAAAGGCUUUGUUACGUAUUGCGUGGCCGCGCGCCACCGUCGGGGACGUUGAAACGGUAAACUCUCCUUGGUAACUGGCUUGGAUAACGCACAUGGUCCCUUCGUGAGUCCACACACCAUGUCCCAAGGUCUGCCGCUUGCUUCUCCUGGAGCUAAGUGUCAAGAAUCGCUGGAGCUGCUCGGUCCCACCCGUCUCUUCACGUCGCUCGUGUUGAGGUGUAGCGUGUUUAGUGGCAUGGAGGUGAAGCGUGUAGCUUUCCCCUUCUCGCGUAGAAGCAAGAAUACAGGUCGCAGUGACGGUUUCUUUGCUCUAGGUAGAAGGAGGAUACAAACUCCGCGCCAGGCUUUUGCAGUCCCCCGGGUAAUGCAGAGAGGUGGCUUCCACAUCAUCGGCGCUUUCUCCGGCAGACGGGCGAGCGCAGCCCACGCAGAUUCCCAGGAGGGUUGGUCUGAUGGGAGCUCGGCACUGGUGCAUCAUCAUCAUCGUUGUCGUUCACUACCAUUGCGCUUCCAUCACCAAUGAAUCGACCUACACGCGUCGUCAGAGAUUUGAAAAUCCAGUGUUGAGGAGUUUGUCGUCUCGACCUUAGUCCCACGAGGUGUCACCGCACGGAGUCGUCGCAUGUUCCGUGUUCUCAGUCCGUACAGUCUGGGGGUCGUUCAGGAAAAUGUGUGCAACUGCUGAGUUUUCAGAGAUAAAAAAUGUACAGUCUUUUAUCGCUUUCUGUUGCUUUGUUUUGUUUCGUUCCCAGGCGAAUCGCCAUUUGAACGCCGCAAAUCCGCACCUUUCUCUGUAACGUGUGGAGAAUUACCAGAAUCGUUAUAAGAGAUGGAUCGGGGGGUGGCUGCAAGGAGCCAGAUUUGGAAUCACAGGAGGGGGGGGUGGGCAACCGCUCCCUAUUCAAAUGCCACCACACCUUCCUGUGCUUUCCCCCUACAAUGCUUAACCCACUCACCCACACCAUCAACUGUUCAGCUGUUGCCGCGACGAGAUUGUGCUAAGAUGCAUGCUCCAGACCCCUGGCAGUCCGCAUGGCCUGAGAGCUGCAAACUCGGCUUGAGAUACUCGGCUUGCAGGCUCUGCAUUACAAGUUGCAUCAGACGCGACGCGAUACGUAGUGCAGCGUUUGUGGACUCGACAGUUUUUAACCUUGGGUGAGGUUAAGUUUGCAAACUGUUUCGGUUUGAAACUAGCCGAGCGAUUUUGCGGCAGACUGGAGUUUGUAACGGGGGGAGUUUUGAGUAGUGGAGGAGGGGGGCAUCUGCAUCUUUGCGCACGCAUUUCAGUGGCGGCCACACACCCUGUCGUCAUUGUGUCGUUCCGUUAUUUUUCGCUCCCCUUGUAAAUAGUGAAAUGAACGAGAAGGCCGCUAAAUAAAGAUUCGGACAAAGCUG